UCUUGCGCGUCCGUGUGUCCGCACCCGCUUGUGUGUGUGUGUGUGUGCGCGUGCGUUUGCGUGUGUGUGCGUGUUUUUUUUUUCCACUGAUAAUGGCCAUCACCAUCCUUCCACCGCAGGAGGUGUGCGACAGCGACGAGCAAGUAGUGUCUUCUCUUCGCGUUAUCCGUUACGUACGUGCCGUUCCGUUAAAUUUGUGUUGAAACGGUCGACCGGCUGAUGUGACCCAACAAUUCUGAACUGUCGUCCGAUCCGCGCGAAAAGCCCGCCGGGGCCGUCUUCCGCGGUGACAUUGUUGUGUUCGGCUGCUGCUGCUGUUGCUGCUGCUGGAAAAUAUGUUGGCCGCGGAAAUCUCGCGGCUGCCAGGUCGUCGUGCGGCCUCUGUCGCGUGAUCUCGACCUUCCGGUGCCACCCCGUCUCUAUUAAUUGUCGUCCACGGUAGUUGUUUGGUCGUCUCUUGCUGGACGUACGGACUCGUAUCUGGUUAUCGGUUUCGUCAUGUCAGCCCUGUUUAAGAGAGCCGAACAGCUGAAACGAUGGGAAGAGUCGGACACCAACCGAGAGUCCCCUGUACGCAAGAACAUCAAGGCUGUCUCAUUCCCCAUAGACUGCGCCUUCCUGGCUUCUGUGUCAUCUGGCGACAAGAACGAGGUGAACAGCCUCCUGUACCUAGCUGCUGACAUCAAUGCUGCCAAUGCUGAUGGGCUUACAGCUCUGCAUCAGGCUUGUAUCGAUGAUAAUCUAGACAUGGUUGAAUUUUUGGUUGAACAUGGUGCUGAUGUGAAUAGAGGUGAUAAAGAAGGAUGGACACCAUUGCAUGCAACAACUUCUUGUGGAUUUGUUAGCAUUGCAAAAUAUUUAUUAGAACACGGAGCAGAUGUAUCUGCAAUUAAUUGUGAUCAAGAAUUGGCAAUUGAUAUUGCAGAAUCUGAUGAUAUGAGACAACUUUUAGAACAACAUUUAAGAGAUAUUGGUAUUGAUUGUGAUGAAGCAAGAAAUAAAGAAGAAAGAUUGAUGCUAAAAGAUGCAAGGGAAUGGAUCAAUACUGGAAAAUUUAAAGACUCUCCUCAUCCAACUACUGGAGCAAUGGCAAUACAUGUAGCUUCUGCCAAAGGAUAUAUCAAAGUCUUAGAACUCCUUAUUCAAUCAGGUGCUGAUGUUGAUUGUCAAGAUUACGAUGGUUGGACACCAUUACAUGCAGCAUCAUAUUGGGGUCAAAAAGAAGCUUGUGAAAUAUUAAUUGAAAAUUUCUGUGAUAUGAAAAAGAAAAACUUUGUGGGUCAGACAGCAUUUGAUGUGUCUGACGAAGAAAUGAAAGAUUUUCUGGAUGAAUUAAAGAAAAAACAAGCAUCUCAAAAUAAAGAUGCAUCAGAUAAAAACUAUUUAAUAAGUAAUAAAUUACCGAAUUCUCAAAAAAGAAGAUCUUCAAUCAGCAGGCUAUCCGGCAAUGAUAAAUCAACAUUGAAGAAAGACAAAGAAAUAGUUUUAGAUCGAAAUCGAGUAAUCAAAGAGGAAGAAGAUGAUAUUAAAAUUAAGGACGAUUCCACAAAAAAACAAAAAGUGGAAAUUGAACUUGCACCUAUUGAGCAACUUAAAACUGAGAAUACUAUUGGAAAUGAAACUAAAGAAUUUAAACAACCUACUGCUCCAUCAUCAGACAAUAAUGAAUUAAAGCCUCCUGAGGUUGUUUUACGUAGAACACAAAGUUUUGAGUCUGAUGAAAAAUUUUAUCGACGCUAUUGUGAGCUACGUGCUAAAAUUAAAGGUAAUUUAUGGGGAGUUAUACAUCCUUCACCUUCUACAGCAAGUGCUUCACCUCCUAUGAGAACAGCUUCUUUAAAGGAAAAGCCUCUUUCUAGGCGGAACAAAAGUAAUUUUAGAGAUGAUCAAACCAAUUUAGCAACUGCUCAGAGCAGUGUCAAUUCAAAUGAUGCUACACAUCCGCCGCAAAAUAUUCGCAGUGGUGUCAAAGCAUUUAUCAGUGGUCUACAAAUGCAACAGAAACAAUCAGAAACAACCCAUAAGAUAGUACCGGGAAACAUCUUUAAAAACUUUUUCAAAUCAUUUGUUCCUCCAGUAAGAGAUGAUGAGUCAGAAACUCAACGAAAAGCACAUGCUAAACGUGUUCGAGAAACUAGACGUUCUACUCAAGGUGUUACAUUAGAAGAACUCAAAUCUGCUGAACAAAUUGUUAAACAAAAAAAUCAGGAAACUGGAAAAAAAUUGAACAAUCAAGUGGAAACAAAUAAUAAUUUUACAAACAAUAUUGAAACACCACAAGCUAAAACAGAGGAACAUGUAACUGUUACGGCUACGAUUACUCCAUUGUCCCGAAAUAUUCCGUCUAAUAUGCCAGAUAGCUGUUUGGAACGGAGGCCGUCUUGGAGACUUAGGGUUGAAAACGGCAGCAAGUUUUUACUUGAAGAUGCUCGGUCAAAUGAAACAGUUCCAAAGACUCCGAUUAAGUCACACAUUCCGUCAUCUCUUGACGUAAACGCAGAUACUACAGUUACGUUACCAUUGAGGCGUCCUUCACCUAAAGAAAUCGACGAUAAAGAUCAAGAUAAAGAAAACGAGUUUCGUAAUCAUCAGGCGACUCAGGCAGUUAUACAAAGAAGGAAGAGGCCAAAGCGGAGAUCUACUGGAGUGGUCCAUGUUGAUUUAGACGAAAUCGAUCCGGACAGGCAAGAUACCUCUUCUUGUGGUGGCACCGAUGAUAGUGUCGGAGAGAGCGGUGGAGACACUAAAACAAGUCCAUCAUCCCGGCUCUUUUCAUUAUCAUCAUCUCAAGACAGUAAACCCAGCAGUGUUGCAAAUUCUCCCAGUCCGUGCUCAGAAAAUGGAGAAAUUGAUUAUAAAGCUUUAUAUGAAGAAGUAGUCAUAGACAAUGAAAGGUUAAGGCGACAGUUACAAAAGACUGAAGAAGACCUAUUAGAAUCCAGGAUUACUAUAGAAAAACUAUCAACCAAUGCCGGAAAAAGCAUUUUGUCAGAAACUGAAAAACGGGAAAGGCGAGCUAUGGAGAGAAAACUGUCUGAAAUGGAGGAAGAACUCAAGCAAUUGCAAAAAUUGAAAGCAGAAAAUGAACGGCUCCGAACUGAGAACAGAGCCCUUACAAGAGUCGUUUCUAAACUUACUCAUACCUGAUAUUGUGAAAACUUCUAUUUUUUUUAUCAAAUGGAGCAGUUACGCCAAGAAAAUCAGAGGUUAAAAGAUGAAAAUGGUGCUUUGAUAAGAGUAAUAAGUAAACUUUCAAA